AUGCCUUCCUUCAAGACCUCCGCCGUUGUCUCCGCCCUCGCCGGCGCCGCCUCCGUCCUCGGCCACGGCCACGUCAACUACUUCACCGUCGACGGUAAGGAGUUCCAGGGCUACGACGUCACCUCCUACCCCUACAUGGCCAGCCCCCCCGAGGUCUACGGAUGGUCCGCGACCAACACCGACAACGGCUUCGUUGACCCCUCCUCCUACGCCUCCGGCGACAUCAUCUGCCACAAGGGCGCCAAGAACGCCGCUCUGACCGCCACCGCCGCCGCCGGCGCCACCGUCAAGUUCUUCUGGAACACCUGGCCCGAGUCUCACAAGGGCCCCGUCAUCGACUACCUCGCCCCCUGCGGUGACGACUGCGCUACCGUCGACAAGGCCACCCUCGAGUUCUUCAAGAUCGGCCAGAAGGGUCUCGAGGAUGCCGGCAACAACCAGUGGGCCAGCGACGAGCUCAUCGCCAACAACAACACCUGGUCCAUCAAGAUUCCCGAGGACGUCAAGCCUGGCAAGUACGUCUGGCGCCACGAGAUCAUCGCCCUGCACUCCGCCGGCCAGGAGAACGGCGCCCAGAACUACCCCCAGUGCUUCAACAUCGAGAUCACCGGCUCCGGCUCCGAGGCCCCCGCCGGCACCCUCGGCACUGCCCUCUACAAGGCCACCGACGCCGGCAUCCUCAUCUCCAUCUACAACUCCCUCAAGUCCUACGUCAUCCCCGGCCCUGAGCUCGACUCCAAGUUCGCCACCGACGGCUCUUCCUCCGGCGGCUCCACCGGCGCUGUUUCCUCUGCUGCCCCUGCCGCCACCACCUCCGCUGCCGCCGCCGCUUCCUCCGCCCCGGCUGCUGUUACCUCCGCCCCCGCGGCUGCCACCACCUCCGCUGCCGCUGAGGCCGUCUCCUCUGCCCCGGCUGCCACCUCUGCCGCCGCUGCCCAGCCCACCGCCAAGCCUUCUUGCGAGGAGAAGCGCCGCCGCCGCCUCGCGCGCCGCAUGGCUCGCCAGCACAACGUCGUCCGCAACUAA